AUGGCCGAGUUCUACCCCGACCUCCAGGAUCGCCCUGUCAAAGAAACCAUCUGUCUCUUUGAUGUCGACAACACCCUCACCCCGGCUCGACAGUCUGCCUCAGUGGAGAUGCUCCAAACGCUAUCCAAACUGAGACAUAAAUGUGCCAUUGGCUACGUUAGUGGCUCCAAUCUUGCCAAACAAGAAGAACAACUCGGAACCCCGUCUCUUCCUGUCACCACCCUCUUCGACUUUUGCUUCGCCGAGAACGGUCUCACUGCUUACCGCCUCGGCAAACAACUGCCCUCGAACUCCUUCCACCAAUGGAUCGGAGAAGAGAAAUACCAGAAGCUUGCCAAGUUCUGUUUGAGAUAUAUUUCAGAACUCGAUGGUCUCCCAGCUAUGCGUGGAACCUUUAUUGAAUUCAGAAAUGGGAUGAUCAAUGUCAGCCCCGUCGGUCGUAAUGCCAGCAAGGCCGAACGAGACGAGUUUCAGGCUUGGGACAGAAAGACAGGUUGUAGACGCAAGAUGAUUGAGGCCAUUGAGAAGGAAUUCCCUAGUUUCGGACUCACUUACUCCAUUGGCGGUCAGAUAUCUUUCGACGUUUUCCCUUCCGGAUGGGACAAGACCUAUUGCUUACAACACAUCGAGGCGGAAGCCGACACCAGCAAAGGGCUCUCGGGAAUCCAUUACAAGAACAUCCACUUCUUUGGGGACGCCACAUUCAAGGGUGGCAAUGACUGGGAGAUCUAUGAUGAUCGUCGAACCAUCGGCCACUCGGUCAUGGACCCAGGGGAUACCAUCAAGCAACUGAAAGAGCUCUUCGAUGUUUGA